AUGAUUACAAGAGCAAUUCCAUCCUCACCCUGGCGGGAGGUGUUCUGUGACGAGAAGCCAAUUGACCACAAAACCAAGAUCUGCAAUGAGGGGAACUGCCAUUUCUUUGGCGACGCUGUAUUAAUCCCGCCUCGCCUGGCCACGUGGUGCUCGGGGCGAUUCAUGCACAGCGGAGAUCUUCCUCUAAUUGUUCUUGCACAAGGUUUCAUAAUGUGCUAUGCUUUUUGUGUUGCUGCUCAUUCUCUAAUUUUUCUUCCUACACUUUUUUUGAUGCGUUGUUCACAAGGGCCUUCAUUGUCUGUGGCGCUCUUGCUGGAUGCCUUAUGCAAUUUGGUGUUUGAUGUUGGGCUAGUUUUAGCAUUGAUGAUGUGCUGUUGUUGUUGUUGUUUUUUGUUUUGA